AUGUCCACGGUAGCUUUUCAGCAAAGCUAUAAUACAGAUGAAAACUUUUUCCUAAAAACCUUAAGUGAGAUCCAAAAGGUAGGCCAAGAAGAGUUAGAGGCUCUUCCACACAAGACACUAAUAAAUUUGUUGAAAAUAUCUAUUCUGGGAAUGAAGUACUUUACUGAAGAUUUAAAUAAGGAUUCAAAUGAAUUAGGAGAAGAUGUAAGUGAUUUCAUUGCUUAUAUUAAUGAAUAUGCAAGUAAAAGAGAAGCUACACCAAACUGCCAGAAAAAUUGUGAAAAUGAUGCUUAUAAAGGUGAAAUAGAAAUAAAACGCCAAUUUGAGGAAUUAAAGGAGAAAUAUGAUCGACUGAAGCUUCAAAAUGAUGAAAUAAGCAAAGAAGUUUCAUUUGAAUAUAGAUAUGGGGCAGAUACUAAAUAUGCGAAUAAAUAUAAACAUUAUGACCGCAUCCAUGAAAAGGAAUUGAAAAUAAGGGAAAACAUCUGUGAAGAACUUGAAAUGAAUUUUAAGAAGCUUUUUGAAGAUCAGUCUUUUGAACUAGCUGAUGUAGAUGAAAGUAAAAGUAUUGAAAUUAAUGAAGCAGCAAAUUGUAACAUUGAAGAAGGUGAAAUUAAUGAUUUAUCUUGCGAUGAAGGUGUUGAAAAACGUUCUGUGCUUAAAACCAAAUUCAAAAGAAAAAAAAUCAAGCAAGCAAUAGAAUGUCGCGCAUUUAAAGACAUAAGAAGUAUAUCAGAAUUAGAUUUUUCAAUAAAAUCAGCAGCCUUUCAAGAUGGAAAGCAAUUAUGCCAGAUUAAGCUAGCUCAUCCUACAACUUGACUUGAUAAAAAUUUUUUUUUGCCGUCAGUAGAGAUUUAAUAAAUUUCUUUAUAAAAAAAGUCAUAUAAAGUUUUAAUAAUAAUUAUUUUUAAAACUCCAAACAAUACAAAUAGAUGAGAGUAAAAAUGCAAUUAAAUUUAUUAACUUUAUAUUUAAGAAUACGAGCUGUUUAAAAUUUAUAUGAAUUAACAGAAUAUUUAUGACAUAUAUUUAUUAUAAUAUUUUUUAUUAAAUUUUUUUCUCACUCACAUAGGGAUUAAUUUAUUUAAAAGGUCUUUUUCAAUAGUUUUGUUCACUCAAGGAGAGAACGAUCAAGAAAAAAUGAUAUAAAAGAAGCAGACAAGACAAAGUCAUUUAAAAAGGGAAAAAAUAAAGUUAGAGAUGACAAUGCUACAAUACUAAUAUUAUUUUAAAUUUUAUUGUGUAUUGCUUCUUCAGAAUGAUGAUUUGGGUAUGCAUAGGUUCACCCUUUUAAAUCCCUUGGCUGGUGACGGCAGCAGUCAUCUUGUCUAGCAAGCAUUCCAGAAGACGCACCAAAUGGGCUAGGAAUUCUUCACGAGCCACGCUUAGCCUUGCCCGAAUCUAGUAGAGAAGGUCAGAUGCAAUCACUUCCCUAGCCAUUUAUUUAUUUAUUUAUUAAGAUGGCAAUCCAAUAUUUAUAUUGGUCGAAGGAUUUAUUUAG